CAUAUAAUUAUAUGGACAGACAUUUUCAAAUGGUCUCUGUGUAUUCAAAUUCAAAUUUAAAUUCAAAUACAAAUUUAAUUGCAAUUUGAAUUUAACACACAUUGCGCACGGUUAAAUUUAAAAUGAUGCGUCUUUAAAUUCAAACGUCCUUAAAUCCAAAGUUAUACUUUUUUAAAAUAAAAUUCGGCACAAUUAUUAGUAUCCUUUUUCUCCGCAGAUAGAAAACUAGUCUAUGUAAAUUUAUAAUCUUGAUAUAUUUCUAUUUGAUACGUUUUAACUCUGCGAUUGAGACUCUUCAGUUCUACGUGUCUAUCCAACGGUGACGUUCACCUUGAACCCUCCGAAGGUAUCGAUCGGAUACUCCGUUACUUCGCAUUUAUUCCCGUUCAUUUACGUGGGGACUGGUCGCAUAGGGCGUUAGUACUUCCUCGCGGACUUCACCAUGGUGACGCCAGGCCAGGUUGCAUUGAUCCUCCAGUGUGAUUCCAGUGUGGCGAGUAAGCCGUCGAAGCGACAUACACGCACUUUCCAUCACCGUGCUCGAAUUCUGAUCGCGAAUUCCGGUCUCGCGCGAUCGAGUUGGAGUCGCAUUCGGUCAACUGGAAGAUAGAUCGAAUUUCAACGUGAUCUUUUCUGAUGGAGCUUUAACUCUGAGACAACGAUUCUCCAGUCUACAAAUUUACAAUGACAAUUAAAUAAAAGUGAAUCAUGUCGGAGCAUCGAGGAACAUCCUUCUUCCAUUCAUGCGUAAAGACGCCGGUGGACCCCUGCAGCCGUCAACCCACCCCGUCGUACGAGCGUCCUCAAUUAUCCUCUAGGACUCGCGGAUCCGAGAAGAUGAAGAGAAUCAACUUCGCCAAGGAUGAACCGAUGACCGCCGUCGAGGACUCGGAAUCAUCCAGCCCGCGCGAUACUCUGGAGAAUCUUUUGGAGUUCCUGAAGAGCAUACCGGACUACGGGCAGGUACACCAUUUGUCAAACGAGCAGUUCAAGCAGAAGGUCGAGUACCUGAGGAGGAAGCAGCGACUGCUUCUUCAGAAUCUGAAGAACUCGUUGGACGAGGGCGCGGAGAAGCCGCCCUCGCGAUUGUCGAUCGCGAGGGAUGAGGGCUCGAAGCCGUCGUCGAAGGAUAAGAACGUCAAGCCGGACCUCGGCGACCUCAAGCUGAACGGCAAGAAGUGCUACCUCGAGGGGUCCAGAACCAGUAGUCCGAUACUGUUUCCGUCCGGUUCUUUCGCUGGCCUCGCCGAGGAUCAGGAUCUGCUAACGUACAGGUGCCGGGACAAGGAUAAGGAAACGAAAACGAUGCGCAACAAGGAGAUACUCGCGGCCAGCAAGAGCUGGAGCACCUGGAGCGAAUCGAAGAGCGACGACAGCGUGGACAGCGACGACGACGACGACGACAGCAUUGAGACCAAGAGCCUGCCGCCGAGCAACUCCAAGGAUUGGCAUCCCACGGUGCCCAUGCCGUUCAGUUUCACGCUGAGAGAACAAGCGGAAAAGUAUAUGACGGAAAUGGAGACGGAAGAGCGCGCGAAUCAAGAUACCGAGAAGAAGAGCCCGCUGAAGAAGCGGCGAGUCAGACCGAUUCCCAUCACGUCGAAAAUUCCGCUCUACGACAAACUGAUGGCCGAGAAGGAAGAGCGAAGUCGCAUCGUGCGUGAGGAGAGCGCGUUGAACCUUCUGUCGCAGGUGCGCCCGUUCAAGCUGGAGUGUGAUCGACGCGCUUGGCGGUCCUUGACGAGGUCCAGCCCCGAGCUCUGCUCGACCAAGAGCGGCUCCUCCUCGCGCUUUAAAGCCAAGCCGAUACCGAAGAACUUGUUCGGCACAGAAGUUUAUGAUCGCAUGCUCGAAGACGAGUACUACAGGCGUAAGGAUUCCGCGUGCGGUUCCAGGCAGCUAAGGAAAAGGGUGAGGGCCGCCGAGCUGCUGAAGUCCUCUUCCUUGCCGCCGUCGAUGGCGAGACGCGAACGAGUCAAGUCCGCGUAUGCACGUUUGCAGGACAAGGACAAGGACGAGGACGAGAACGAGACUGCCACCCCGGCUCCGACGGCCUCCGACACGGUCAGGUCCGUGAUGACGUCCGCGAUGUCCUCGCGCGGCAACAACCUCGCUGCAAUCCUCAGAUGCCAAGCCUCACGGGAGAAAUUGGAGCGCGAGAUACGGGAACGGAUGGAGGAGAAGCGGCGGGAGCAGGUGUUGAGGUUCAGGGAGACGCUGAUCAGCCGGAAGCCCGCGUGGAGGGCCCUGAGGUCAGCCGCGAGGCACGAGCACGACAGGGACCUGGACAUCCGGGCGUGCCUGCGUCGCGACGAGGCGCGGGAGCAGGCCGAGCGUCACCGGCUGCAGAUGGAGAUGAUGCUGGACCGCGUGACGCAGAUACCGACCCUCUUCGAGCGGCACUCCCAGGAUUUCCAAUCGUUCCCGAAAGUACAGCAGCCGAAGGCUUCUUCUAAGAACGCUCACGCCCGAAAGAAGAAGAAAAAGAAGAAGAAGAAGCAGCAGCAGCAGCAACAAUCGAAAAGACCUACAUCGAGCAGUCUGGACUCGUACCUGAGCUUCGCCAGCAAUUCCAGACCGGAUUCCGGAUCAUUAACCAGCUCUUCCGGAACUCUGGUAUCUUCGAGCCAGUCAUCGCAUGAGUCUGACAAAUCGAUGGCCAAAUCGGAAACCUCGAAGAGAAAGCUCGAUCGUCGUCCACUAAAAGUGUCAAUCAACGAAACAGCGGAACUCAUUGAAGAUCUUAAUGAGAAGUCAUCGAGCAGCGACGAGCAAUUUCGCAGCAAGGAUGCGUUGCAGAGUGAUGACAAUGUCACUACUGAAGAGUGAAUCGACCUGAUAUUUUCAGUUAUUCUGGAAUUAUCAAAUUUUAUAUAUCUAAGCUUGAUAUUAGAUAUUUUUACGAUAUAAUUGAAGAUUUUUAUUACGAUAUAAUUAAAUUAACUAUAUUAUGUACGUGAUAAUUAAUUAAGCUGUGGCUAAAGUGCAAUCGAAAUUAAAACUAAAUAAUAAUCCUCUUCUUUUACGCGUAUUUUAACUUUUAACAUCAAUUCUUGUUCGUCUUGUAUCGCUGUAUGUGAAUUAAAACGUGCACUGUUUCUAAAAUA